AAGCUUACUCUGACCUACUUCAAAAGGAGGGAGAGUACAGUGUUAGCUAUUGAAGCGUUGCAUGCAAUCUGCUUGUUGCGUUGAAACGAUUUAAUACGCCAUUGCCUUUGGAAGAGUGGCACUUAUAUUUUGGAGACCUUUAUCAUCUCAUCAUUUGAAAGGAUCCGAAGAACAAGAACAAAAAAAAGCUGUGGAGAUGCACAACAUGGAUGACAUUGAAACAGAGGAGAUAUUAACCUGCCUCCGAAUAACCGCUCAUCAUCCACUGCACGAAAUCCAAAACGUGUUUCAGCUGAUCAACUUUAACAAGAAAGAGAAACACCUGGCAGAAAAUCCCCUCAAAAUCGGCCGCGACACAAAUUCAUGCCACAUUUCAUUAUAUGAUCGGCGGGUUUCCCGGGUCCAGUUUAGUAUUCAGGCUUUCCGACACUUCAACAGCUCACAACUGUUCUUUGAAAUCCAAAACCUGAGCAGAAGAGGAAAGCUGAUAGUAAAUAAUAUAGAACUUGAAUACCUCAAUAAGGUUGAAUUGCCAAAAAAAGCCCUUGUGAGGUUUGCAGAAUUCCAGUUCUUGGUGGAAAAGGAAGAUGGAGAGUCAACAGAAAACUUUGAGACUUUCUUUGAGUUGGCUAGAGCACCAUGCCAGGAGGUACUCUAUGUACCUUCAAAGAGCCCAGUCCCAGAAACAGGGCUCCUGAUCAAUGAAUGCUCCAUUCCUCUGCACUGCAGCCUUCAAACUCCAGUGGAGAUGGAAGAGUGUGAACUAAAAUAGUUGAACAAUUAAGUACAAAACGAAUUAGCGUGUGGACUUUGUGUUUUAUAGCAAAUAAUCUUCUUAAUCUGACCUGUUGUGCACUUUCAUUCACUUUACAGGUGUUAAGUGUGUAGUUUUGAAAUGGCAAAUGUUAUAGCAAGCAUGUUUUUAUUUUCAAAUCUGAUAUCUGCUACUAUGCUAGGUUAAAGAGAAGACUGUCUUGCUUUCCAGAAAGUCUAUUCCUGCUUUACUUCAUAGGCCACGUCACUUAGGGAUCAAAGUAUGUUGGUCAUUAGGAGAAGCAGCUAUUUGGUUACUGGCAAGAGGAAAGACUGUAAUGUGACUUUUUCUAUCAUUUUAUUGCUCCAAUAAGGUUUAAGUGUAAACUGUUACAGACAAUGUGCAGGUAAGAUAGUAACAUACAUUUACUGUACGACUUACUGCUACCUUUUUAAAUUAAGUGUGUUGUUUUUUUGUUUUUUUUUCUUGUCUGUUAAGUUUGUUUCUGAAAGGUGAGGGACAGAAGUAUAGGCUAGGGUCAGACACAAUGCUGGCAGUACUCGUAACUCUGCAAGCAAACCUCACUCCUGAACUGAACACCCCUGUUACUUAGUACCUUGCCCAUCCUGCCAGCAUUGCUGAGUUACCAGUAUGUGGUGCGUACUAACUGCUACAGGAAUUGGAGGCGAGUUAAAGAGACUAGUGAGGUACAGCACUCCAUCCCCCAUUACAAAGCUUGUGCUGUAUGUAAAUAACUUGCCUGGUGUUUAGCAUUUAGCAAUAACGUCUCCUUCCUGGCUGUCCUUGGUUUCAAUGUUAAUGUAAUAUCAAUGUAUUUAUAUGUUUUGUAUUUUUAUUUAAAAAGAGCAACCAUUGUGGAUUGUUUCUCUACCUGCAUGUAAACAAAU